GGGGGCGUGGCCAGAGGGGCGGGGCCUGUGGGCGUCCUGGUGAUGGUGCCUAGCAACGUCGGGGCCGAAGUAGCGACGAAGUGGGCAGAGGUCUCGGGAUCCUCUUGGAAGGGGCCUCAUGACAGAUUCCGACAAGGAUGCCCAGAAGGUUGAUCAGGCCCCCUCACAGGACAUCCCAAAACCAUGGGUGAUUCCAGCCCCCAAAGGGGUCCUGCAGCGCAUCUUUGGGACCAGCCAGGUGUUCCAAAGCAUCUGUGAAGUAAAACCAAAGGUUACGGGGUCAACAGUGCCCCUCAAAGUCAGGGAGUACUACUCCAGAGGCCAGCAGUGCUUGGAGCAGGCCGACUGGGAGACAGCUGUGCUGUUCUUCUCCCGUGCGCUCCACCUGGAACCGCAGCUGUUGGACUUAUACGCCUUGCGGGCCGAAGCCUACCUCCAGCUCUGUGACUUCUCCUCGGCCACCCAGAACUUGCGAAGGGCCUACUCCUUACAGCAGGACAACAGCAAGCACCUGGAACGCCUCACCUUUGUGAUCUACCUGAAGGGGCAAUGCCUUUUUGAGCAGUGUGCCUUCCUGGGUGCCCUGGAUGUCUUCUCACAUGCUGCUGAGCUCCAGCCCGAGAAACCAUGCUUCCGUUACCGAUGUAUGGCCUGCCUCCUGGCCCUCCAGCGAUAUCAGGAUUGCCUCUCGCUUGUCACCAAGGAGCUGAAGCAGGACACCACCAACGCUGACGUGUACAUCCUCCGGGCCAGACUCUACAACUUACUCCAGAAGCCCCACCUCUGCUUCCGGGAUUUGCACAGCGCCUUGCUGUUGACUCCAAGGCACCCGCAGGCCAGGAUGCUGCUCCAGAAGAUGGUGGCCCAGGCACAGCAGGCACGCCAAGACGCAGGGAUCCUGGCCGUGCAGGGCAGGCUGCAGCACGCACUGCAGCGCAUCAACUCUGCCAUCGACAACAACCCUCUGGACCCCAGUCUCUUCCUCUUCCGGGGCAUCAUGUACCGUCGGCUCCAGGAGUUUGAUGGGGCAGUGGAGGACUUCCUGAGGACGCUGGACAUGGUGACCGAGGACCAGGAGGACAUGGUGCAGCAGGCACAACGCCAGCUGCUGCUGACCUACAAUGACUUUGCCGUGCACUGCUACAGGCAGGGCGCCUACCAGGAGGGCGUGCUGCUGCUCAACAAGGCCCUCCGGGACGAGCAGCGGGAGAAAGGGCUCUACAUCAACCGGGGCGAUUGCUUCUUCCAGCUGGGCAAUCUGGCUUUUGCGGAGGCGGACUACCAGCAGGCGCUGGCCCUGAGCCCUCAGGACGAGGGCGCCAACAUGCGCAUGGGCCUGCUGCAGGAGAAAAUGGGCUUCUGCGAGCAGAGGCGCAGGCAGUUCCAGAAAGCAGAGGAACACUUCUCCACCGCCAUCCGGCACAACCCCCAGAAAGCCCAGUACUACCUGUACCGGGCCAAGAGCCGGCAGCUGCUGCAGAACAUUUUUGGGGCCCGCCAGGAUGUGGCCACUGUCCUGCUCCUCAACCCCAAGCAACCAAAGCUGUCCCUGCUGAUGACCAACCUCUUCCCGGGCAUGUCAGUGGAGGAGGUGCUCAGCACCCAGGUAGCCCACCUGGCCAGGCUGCAGCUGGAGCAGAUGGUGGAGGGCAGCCUGCAGGCCGGUGACCCACAAGGCAUUGUGGGGAUGCUCAGGCAGUGGGAGUUGGAGCGCCAGAAGGCCUGGGCCUUGCGGCACUCAUGGAUGCAGGGGAAGCCUUUGAUUGAGAAUUCCAAGGAGCUAAAGGCGGCCCCUGAGUUCCUGCAGGUAGAACCAGAAGGCUCAGAGGGAGAGGCUGAGGCCCCCAAGGAGAAGGAAGAGAAGAAGGAGGAGAAAAAAGAGGAGAAGAAACCAGAGCUCAUCCUUAGAAAGGUGGAGUCCCUGUCUGACAGCUACCUUGACCAGACCUCUUCAGCCUCUAGCAUUCACUCUGUCCAGGGCAGGUGUGAGCGCCUGAUGGGCGUUCUUGGCACACCCUUCCCAGUCAGGACCACAGGCACCUCAGAGACUGAGUUGUCAGCUACCUGCCAGGAAUACAGGAGCACCUCAGCCACCGCCGUGACAUUCUCUGACUCGUCACAGCUGAAGACGCAAUCCUCAGACUCUGGGAACAACCGGGAGGCACCGAGUCAUGGUCCCAGAAAAAUCAAGUCCAGCCAGGGCCAGAGGCAGAGCUCCAGCAAGAUCGAGGCCACCCAGAGCCCAAGGCAGGCACCCAGCAAGACCAAGACCACCCGGAGCCCAAGACAGAGGCCCAGAAAGGUCAAGGCUGCUUGUGGACGGAGCUGGAGACCCAGCAAGGUUGAUGCCACCCAGGGCAGAAGCAGGGGACUGCUCCGAAGUUCUGCCAAGACUGAGGUUUUCUAUGACUCAAACUGGAGCUUCAGCAAGACUAAGGAUGUCCAAGACCAGAGCCAGAGGCCCAGCAAGGCUGAGGCUGCCCAGGGCAAAAGCCAGAGCGUGAGCUCAACUUCCAGCAAGGCCGAGUCCAUCUGGGGACCCAGCCCCAGUCUCAGCAAAACUGAGGUUGGUCAGGACCUCACCCACUAUGAAGCUCUCUGAAGGGACCACCCAGCCCUUCACUUCUUGCUGGGAAGGGGAGCAGUUCUACCCACCACUCCCCACACUGGCACUUAGCCAGCUGCCUCCUUCCAGAGCAAUUAAAAAUCUUAGCUGCCAGGCAUGGUGGCUAACGCCUAUAAUCCCAGUACUUUGGGAGGCCAAGGCCAGCAGAUCACCUGAGGUCUGGAGUUCAAGACAAGCCUGACCAACAUGGAGAAACCCCAUCUCUACUAAAAAUACAAAAUUAGCUGGCAUGGUGGCACAUGCCUGUAGUCCCAGCUACUUGGGAGGCUGAGGCAGGAGAAUUGCUUAGAACCCAGGAGGUGCAGGUUGCGGUGAACCGAGAUCAUGCCAUUGCACUCCAGCCUGUGCAACAAGAGUGAAAAUCCAUCUCAAUAAAUAAAUAAAAACAAAUAACAUAAAAGUCUUAGCAACAGUCCUCUGGUCCCAUAGCUGAGUUUAUUAUAUUUAUUCUCUUCUUUUAUAAAAUUAAAAACUUCUAAAACCAGG